AUGUCUUCAGCUUUAAAAAUGUCCAACAACUCCAAAUUCCAGGUCUCUGAGUUCAUCCUGUUGGGGUUUCCAGGCAUUCACAGUUGGCAACAUUGGCUCUCCUUGCCCUUGGCACUACUGUACCUCUCAGCUAUUGGUGCUAACAUCCUAAUCCUCAUCACCAUCUACCAGGACUCUACUCUGCAGCAGCCUAUGUACUAUUUUCUAGGCAUCCUCUCUGUUGUGGACAUGGGCCUCGCCACUACCAUUAUGCCCAAGAUUCUGGCUAUCUUCUGGUUUAAUGCCAAGGUCAUUAGCCUCCCUGAGUGCUUUGCUCAGAUUUAUGCUAUUCACUGCUUCGUUGGAAUGGAAUCUGGUAUCUUUCUUUGCAUGGCUUUUGAUCGCUAUGUAGCUAUUUGCCAUCCUCUUCGUUACCCAUCAAUUGUCACAAAUGCCUUCAUUGUAAAAGCUACCACAUUCAUGGUGCUUAGAAAUGGCUUGUUUGUUAUCCCAGUGCCCGUACUUGCAGCUCAGAGAAAUUACUGUUUCAGGAAUGAGAUUGAUCAUUGUCUGUGUUCCAAUCUUGGGGUCACAAGCCUAGCUUGUGAUGACAGGAGACCAAAUAGCAUUUGCCAAUUAGUUCUGGCAUGGCUUGGCAUGGGAAGUGAUCUCAGUCUUAUUAUAUUAUCAUACACGUUGAUUCUGCGCUCUGUACUUAAACUAAACUCAGUUGAAGCUGCAUCCAAAGCCUUAAGCACUUGUAGUUCCCAUCUCAUCCUCAUCCUCUUCUUCUACACCGUUGUUGUUGUGGUUUCAGUAACUCACCUGGCAGAGACUAAAGCCACUCUGAUUCCAGUUCUACUCAAUGUGCUACACAACAUCAUCCCCCCUGCCCUAAACCCGAUGGUCUAUGCACUUAGGACGAAAGAGCUAAGGGCAAGUUUCAGAAGAGUGCUUCGUUUAAGCCCAGAGAAGAAGUAA